AGAUUAAUUUGUGGACUCAUUGAAAAGGAAAAACCAUAUAUAUUAGGAAUUUUCUUUCAUCAAUCACAUGAUUUUCUCUCAUUCCUCCCUCAUGGAAGAAGAGGAAUCUCCUUCUCGACCAAAAGCUCCACAGUCCAAAAACUACAAGCUCACAGCCUCUUCCAUCUCCUACUCCAAGUCCAGCAUUGCCCUCUCCUCAUUGUUUCCCUUGUUCAGGUCCUGCACGAAUCCUUCCCCGACUCACAUCCUCCGGGACGUCUCCCUUACAGCCUUCCAGGGCCAAAUCCUUGCCAUUGUGGGCCCGAGCGGAGCCGGCAAAUCCACCCUUCUCGAUAUCCUAGCCACCCGAACCUCCCCCACUGAUGGCUCCCUCCUCCUCAACUCCUCCCCCGUUAAGCCCUCCACGUUCCGGAAGCUCUCCGCCUACGUCCCUCAGCACGACGCCUGCCUCCCUCUCCUUACCGUGUAUGAGACCUUUUCCUUUGCCGCUUGCCUACUCAUCCCCGAGACCUCCCGGAUCGCCCCAACCGUAGACUCCCUCCUCACCGAGCUAGGCCUGUUGCAUGUGGCCCAUACAAGGCUUGGGCUUGGCCUUUCUGGGGGAGAGCGGAGGCGGGUCUCAAUCGGGCUCAGCCUGUUGCAUGACCCUGCGGUGCUCCUCCUCGAUGAGCCUACCUCAGGCCUCGACAGCACGUCGGCUUUAAACGUGGUGCAGAUCUUGAAAACGAUCGCGAUCUCCCGCCAAAGCACCGUAGUCCUAUCGAUCCACCAACCGAGCUUCAAGAUACUCUCUACGAUCGAUAGGAUCCUGCUCCUCUCGAAAGGGACUGUCGUGCACCAGGGGACUGUUCCUCAGCUCCAGGCAUUCCUACUCUCCAACGGCUUCACGGUCCCACCGCAGCUCAACCCCCUCGAGUAUGCCAUGGAGAUACUGGACCGCAUCCCCGAGAAGAACGAUGACAAGUCCCCAUCGCUCGCUUCAGCAGCACCAUCUCCUGGCCGUUCCUCCAUAAGCAAUUCCUCAGAUCAGCAGAGCAACGCGAAAGUCAGCUACAGGAGCUCAAGAUUCAAGGAAAUCAUCACUCUCUACGACCGGUCAUGGAAGAUUAUAUACAGGACAAGGCAACUCCUCUUAACGAAUACGAUCGAAGCGCUACUCGUCGGGCUCGUGCUUGGAACAAUCUACAUUAACAUAGGGUUCGACAAGGAAGGCAUCAAGAAGCGGUCCGGUCUUUUCGCCUUCACCCUCACCUUCCUCCUCUCCUCCACCACCGAGACCCUCCCGGUCUUCAUCAACGAGCGGUCGAUCCUACUCCAGGAAGCCUCCAGCGGUGUCUACCGGCUCUCAUCUUACCUGAUCGCCAACACCCUCGUCUUCCUCCCUUACCUUCUCGCUAUAGCAAUCAUGUACUCCGUCUCGGUCUACUUCCUCGUGGGCCUCUGUGCGACUUGGCAGGCGUUCGCGUACUUCGUGCUAGUCAUCUGGGUCAUAGUCCUGAUGGCAAAUUCCUUCGUCCUGUUCCUGAGCUCGAUUGCACCCAACUACAUAUCGGGGACGUCCCUCUUGAUGGUCUUUCUGGGCGCGUUCUUUCUCUUCUCGGGGUACUUCAUCUCAAAAGAGAGCAUCCCGAAGUACUGGCUCUUCAUGUACUUCUUCUCAAUGUACAAGUAUGCGCUCGACGCCCUCCUGAUCAACGAGUACUCUUGCCUGCUCUCGAGGUGUCUGGUAUGGUAUGACGAGAAGAACAAGACCUGCAUGGUGAGUGGGGCUGACGUGCUUCGCACGAGAGAGCUCCGGACGAGCGAGAAGUGGACCAACUUGUACGUCUUGGUCGGGUUCUUCGUGUUUUAUCGUCUUCUGUGGUGGUUGGUCCUGGUCAGAAGGAUCUCCAGGUUAAAGAAGUGAAGGAAAUAAAGGAAUCAAUCGACAACCGAAUGGAACCGAAAAGAACCGAGUGAAAUCUGCUCACCCAUUAUAUUCUUCAAUAAAUAUUCGGAUAAGUACUACUAAAUUACUACUUGCCCAUGUUUUGUGAUGAAAUAUUGUACUUUUACGUUCAAAGCGCUUUUAAUGGCUUCAGGAUAUCUCGAAUGUGUUGAUAGAAAUGAUUGAUAGACCAAAAACAUGCUAUUAAAGAUCAUGCAAUGCAUGUGUUUCUCAUAGUUUUUCCCA